AUGGAGAAAGGCACUGAUAUUUCUGAUGUUCUUUAUUUGGCUACAAUAAAAAAUCCGGUGAAACAAGAAACAAAGAACUUUGAAACGUUGCAACUAGAUUCUUCUACAUGCCAUUAUUACCAGUAUAUAUGUAAUAAAGGAAAUUUUAACUUCAUUCCUAAAUUUACAAAACUUCGAAUACUGGAUGUUUCGUUUACUGAAGCAGACGACGAUUGCUUGCAUCUCAUUGGUAAACAUUGUCCAGAUUUAAGGGAGCUUUAUGCCAAACGUGGCGAGGUGACGGAUGAAGGAAUUAGAAACUUGUGCGUGAUUGGAAAUUGCAAGUCCAUCCGCAAACUAAAUCUGGAGAGAUGCAACAAAGUAACAACCAAAGGAAUUCAAUUGGCUCUCGACAAUUUACCCCAGUUAAGGGCAUUUUGCCAUGAAUAUCUCCUAGAGGGCUUGGCUGAAAUCGCUCAAUCUGCAACAGACAACAAAAUUGAUCUUCCUAAAUAUUCCUUGUCGACCCUAUAUGUUGUCAAAGAAACGGUCUACAAAAGUGGUAGCCUGCAACAAUCUGUGUUGCUGUGUCCUAAUGUAACGGAGGUUAAUCUAGCUAUUUGGAGAGAAGGAUUGAAAGACAGUGAACUUUUGAGCUUGCUAUCACUGGAAAAACUCUACACUAUUCAAGUUCAACAUGCUAUACCUGAACCAUUACAUAGAACAGAAAUUCGAAUCGAAAGAGGACUGACGUUUGAUGGCGUGUUCCACUUCUGAAAAAAUUUGGAUACACUCUCAACUCUCAAGAACCUCAGGUUUGAAUUUUUUGUUGUUGUCCAUUUCCCGGUCAUUACCAAGUUUUGCUCAAAUCUGGAAUCCUUGACUCUUUACUGUUGUAAGACGACUCAUCAGCGGUAUAUUGAAACCGAAGGGUGUUACUAAACUAUGGAAUUGGAACUUCCAAAAUGGAAGUAUAAAAUCUGGAAUUUGAUCGAAAACUAUGGAAUUCAAGGGCCGACUUUCCAGAUUUUAGCAAAAUUUCUGCCGUCUAAAAUAUGGAAAUAAAACUUCCAAAAAUUAAUGGAAUUCAACUAAAAAUUCUAAAAAUUCACAUUUUAUUUUUUUUUGUGGCACUAGAUGGCAUACACAUUUCAUAUUCAUAUUUAUUUACAAAAGUGCCACCAAUACUGCCCAACCCACAUAUUGUUCUAUUUUUUUAGAUUUUUUUUGCUUGUCCUACAACUUUUUUGUAAAAUAUAAGGAAAGCUGAAUAAACUAAGGAAUUUAUAUAUUUUUAUUUUGAAAAAUUUAUUUUUUAAAUCGCACCUCUGAA